AGUGCCUGUACUACAGCACUAAUUUGUUGAUGCACGAUUCAUUACACGCUCGAUAAAUACACCUUUUUUCUAAACAAGUUAAACUCCGUUGGCAAUGGGUCUGUAGCUAUCCAACCCACAUUUUAUUACCACCCUUGACUCCACUACUGCUACGUGUUUGUGUCACAAUUGACAAGUCGUCUUGUGAAAAAUAUCCUUUUAUCUCAAUAUUUACAAACUCCCACUCCCUUUAUAGUAUAUUUACCCUUUAUAGUAUAUUUACCUCGUGAUUCUCGACCUCCCUUUAUAUUUUUUUAUAAAUUUAGUUAUGUGAACAACUUGGAUUGACAGUACCCCCCCCACCCUUAGACACUUCAUCUUAAGUUAUUUUCCGCAGACACUUUAGCCUACCACUUAUUUUAUGAAAUCUUUCAUUAUCUGGUUGAGAUACUACACCCUUUCCACCCAAAUUUGUUUUGUGCUUUUCAAAUGAAGAUGAGAUGUAAACAAUGGUGAUUGUUUUAAAAUAUUUUUAUUAUAGCCUAUUAUCAAUACAUGUAUGUACACAAAUGUACAAUGUAUAGACUUACAGUAAUGAAAUAAAAAUAUUGUUUUCUUCAAACAAGAUAUAGCAAAUAGAAAUGGUCAUGAUAUAUUUCUUUCUAAAAUUUAUUUUAACAUUAUAAUUUCAGUGACAGUUUGACUGACAAAAUAACUUACUUUACGUCUGUUAAUUUAAAUGGGGCUCGAGUUGAUAUGUCAGGGGUGAAGUGUCUUGUACAAUCCCCCCCCCCCCCCCCCAGAAAAAAUAUGUUAUUCUUGUCUUUCACCGGUUUGUGAAAAAAAUCCACUACAUAUAAGCGAAACAUAUAAAUGGAAACAUAUAAGUGCAAAUUCAUAAAUAUUAUACAGAACACUGUAUCAUUAACUUGAGAUAAAUGCAAAUACAAUGAAACUUAUUCCUAAUUAUAAAUUUUGAAGAUUUUGUUACACAAAAUCGGGUUUUAUUUUUUUUUUUUGUUUAUAUAACUCAUUAUGUAUGUGCAGCAAAUAGGCCCCAUAUAAGUUUAAAAAAAAAUUGAAAACCCUCCUUCCAUAGGUACAUGUGCUGUUUCCCACAAAAGAGAUGCAAAGCCAGGCACAAUUGAAAAUAACAAAAAUAAGUUUCACUACAAUGAAAAAUAAAUACAUUUUUACAUUAAAAUAUGGAAAAUAAAAAGGUACCCAUUUUAUUUCUUCAAUAUUUCAUAAUAUUUCAUAAUAUUUCCUUUAUAAGUAUAUAAUAAAUGGAAGGUAGCUUAAAAAUCAAUUGCAUCAGCCAUCUUGUAGAUUAUGGCCUAACCAGUUACACAAUUUUAAUGAAAUUUGUGGGUUUUUUUUUAGAACUGCCCUGUAUCAUCUAGCUGCAAUUGUCAUAAAUUUCGUUUGUAUUUAAUGAAAAUAUGCAAGGCAUCAGCAUUUGGUGUAGAAUUUUAUACAAUAUACAGUACAGUAUUAUACAAUAUAAUAAUUUGUUGUAUAAGCUGACACAUAUUAUCACAAUUCUCAUAAUAUGCAGUACUUAUGUGUUUAUGUGUUUAUAAGUUUUGUUCAGUGUAUAUAUCUUACAAGAAAACUUUACACAUUGCUCACUAUUCACUAUUAAACAGAAUGUGACAUCAUUUGUUUAUUUUCAGCUUCUGGUCACUUUGAGAUACUUGGCAAAGGGAGAUUUUUUCAGUGAGACUGGGAAUCUACAUGGAGUUAGUAGGAGUUCAGUGAGCAGACAUGUAUGGCAAGUUGUGAAUUCAAUCAAUGAAAGACUGGAAAACAUAAAGUUCCCAACUUCAUCAGCAGAUAUAUCAAAUGUGAAGAGAGGAUUUUACAAGGUGGCGGGUUUGCCUAAUUGUGUUGGUGCUGUGGAUGGGACUUUGAUCCCAAUCAUAGCACCAGCAGGAUUAGAGGAACCUGCCUUUGUUUGUAGAAAGGGAUACCAUGCCCUGAAUGCCCAAGCUGUUGUCGACCAUAACAUGAGGUUCACCGAUGUUGUUGCUCGCUGGCCUGGGUCCACACAUGAUGCCACUAUCUUUCAUAUGUGCGGUCUCAGGCAGCAUUUAGAAGAUAACAAUGUGGGUUGGUUAUUAGGGGAUUCUGGUUAUCCUCUUCGCCCUCAUUUGAUGACUCCAAAGAUCAACCCUGGAUCAGUUAAGGAGGAGAGGUACAACAAAGCUCAUAGCCAGACAAGAAUGGUGGUGGAAAGAGCAUUUGGAAUGUUGAAGUCAAGAUUUAGGUGUUUACACAAAACAGGAGGUUGUCUGCCCUUCACACCAUAGAAGUCUGCCAGAAUUGUCAGUGUCUGCUGUAAGCUUCACAAUGUUUGUUUGGAAAGAAACAUUCCUUUAAUAGGAGAUAUAUUGAUUGAUGACACUUUGAUUAAUGAUGAUGUAGUUACAAUAUCUCAGAGUAUUCAAACUGGAAUUAAUGCUAGGGCUACCCUAAUUGAUCUUUUUUUAAGUUUUAGCCUGACCUUUUUUUUUUUGAAAAAAAAUUAGAGGUAUUAUUACAGUCAUGUUGGCGUUUCUGCUGCUGUCCACAAACUUUAACAUUGAUCAUAACUUUAUUUAUGUUAUAUAAAUAUAAAUGGUGGUUGUUUCGUCUGCUCUGUAACUUCCAAAUACAUGAAAGUUUCAAUUUCUAUUUAAAAAUUUAAAGUGACCAUAGAUGGACAAUGUGUUUUGAACAAGACACAGGUUUCUUUGUCUAUCUUCAAGUUCACUGCUGGGGUUCGACCUUUGUCAAUUUUUACCACCACACUUACCAUGUAAUAGGUGGUUUAUAAAUAGAGGAUAUUGAAUGAGUGUAAGUUCAAUAUUGAAUUUAUGGCACGAAUUGAAUAAAAUUUUAUUAUGCGAGACUCUGGCGAGCAUAUUAUUUUAUUCAACAAGUGCAAUAAUUUCAGUGAUGGACAUUACACGAAUUAAAUAUUCUAUUUAUCACAUACCCAAAUUUAAUUAACAAAAUGUAGCUGUUUCUUUUUGUUAUAAAAUUAAUUAAAUUCAGCUUUAAAGAUUUGUUUAAACCAUUUCUAAAAAGUUAAAAGUUGAGCAUUGCGCCUGUCCAACGGUGGUUCUUGUUGAAAUGUGUUUUAUAUAGUUUACAUAAUAUUGCCAGGUUAUAUGACUGUGCUAUCCAUGUUUAACAUCUAAAGUUUGAAUGAAAUUAUAUCAAAAGUUUUAAAAUUUUGAAAGACUUGUCCUUAAAAAAAUAUGGUAUUUGUCACUCAUAUAACAGCUCUGGAUACUUUUUCUAUUAACGUAUUGAUAGGAAAAUACAUACAUAAGUUUAAAGUUAAGAAUUUCCUAGCAUUGUCAAAUAAUAAUGUAUAUUUAACAAUCGUGUAAGUUAUUCUUAACAUUUUACAAAUUAAAUUGGAAUAUAUAAAUAAUAAGAGAGUUACUAAUUGGGUAACAAUUUACCUACAUGUGUAAGACUUCAUGUAACCAAUUUCAAAUGAUGAAUUCUAACAUAACCUGAAUGUUUCCUAAUGAACUGUUGAACAAGAAAGCACCGAAAGUGUUUGUAAAAAUGCAAUCACUUCAUUAAGACUACCAUACUAUUGAUAAAAACUUUGACAGGUUAUAUGGCCCUAUAUAAAUGGUUGUUUGAAAACAUAACAUGAGCCGCUAGGCGAGGGUUAUAUUUACAAACAAGCGUUCAUAUACAGCCAUAUAACCUGUCAGAAAUAUUUAUAACAAAUUUAUAAUACAGCAAGCAUCAUUUUUAGAGGAAUAAAGCGAGAUUUUUUUUAAAAAUCAACAGCAGCCGUGUAUAUAAAACUAUAUAAAUGUUAUGAUUAUCCAAUGAAAAGCGACAUUACAAACAUGCAGUAUUAUAAAUGUUAUGUAAUCACUAAAUGUGACACGUGGGAAAAAGUAAAGAAACAAAAAUUUAGCUUGAUUUAAGGUAUAGCACCAUGUUUAAGUUAAUGUCAUGUUAGAAUCAAAAUAAUAUAUCCAAAUCAGUGAUUUUAUUGCUUUAUAAAAUCACUGUUUGAUGUCCGGAUGUGCAGCAUGUUAUUACAAGAGCUGUGCCUUCUUUAUAUAAUCUUUGGCAUCCGAAAUCAAAUCAAUAAUUUUAAUUUAGCUGUAAAAUCACUGCUUGGAAUAUAUCAUUUCUUUAGUUCACUAUAUUUAUUUAAUUUACACUGUCCUUCCUAAGUAUAUGAUUUUAUGACUGCAUUUUGUAUUUGGAAAAUGUAUAGUUUGAUUUAUUUCAUGCUUUCCAGUGUUUUAUUGUAAUAUAUCAGAUGAUUUAAGUUAUGAUUAUAAUUCAAAUAAAUCAACUUACAAUUAUAUAUUAAAUUUAAUACAUAAAUGAGUUUUGAUAAUUAUAUAGAAAAGGAGAUUUAAGAAUUCAACUACCCCAGCUAUACAGAACUUUCUUGGGAAAUUUAUUGUGAAACUUAAACAUAUAUCGAGGGUUAAGCGCAAGACUGUAGUAACUACCAUUUUUUCUGAAAAUGAUUUUUUUUAAAUUUCCUGUAUUAUUUGGUAUUUUACAUCAUGUGGUAAUUAUUUUUGUUUUUAUGUUACUUCAUUUCAUAAAUUUUUUAUUAAUACUCUACUGUAGUAACUCAACAGAUAAAAAUAUUUUUCUGCAAAACUGUUGUAACUGGACUUACUACAGUUUUGCACUUAAAAAGAAAUGAAUUUUUUAUUAUAUUCAACGCAAGACUGUAGUAACUGUGUUGUUACUACAGUCUUGCACUAAAAUAAUAAAUAAUGUGCCCUAAUAUUUUCAUGUAAGACUGUAGUAACUCACAAGGCAAUACAUUAUGAUAUCAUCAAUGAUCACAUUUCAAAGGAUGACACUACACAUGUAUAUCUAUAUAUCAUUUAUAUUUUAGCAACAUUUCUUGUCUGUGUAUUUCAGAAAUUUUGCUAAAACCGCAAAUGAAUUUGAAAUUUUCAGUUGAAAUCUAAAAUGUACUCGUACAACAGUUAUAUUGGUUUAGUAGUUAAACAUCAUGUAAAAGUAAACCCUUCAUUUAUAUCAGAAGUGCUAGUAUGUUGUUCUAAAUAAGGAAAAAUAAAAAAAAUUUAUAUAACUAAUCUACAGUAAAAUAUGCACCACCUCUGUAUUAGUGUUUACUUUCUUAGCCAGUAUUAUGUUUUGCAAUAUUGACCUGUGAGACUCAUUAACUUUCGGAAGUUUUUUCGUGACUUUUGUAAUUUCUUACGAUUUAGUUAUUGUCUCUAAUGAUAUGAAGUUGUCAAUACUUUAUUUUAUAUUAACGAUGGCCUAGUGUUUUCGCAAAGUUGCAAGUUCGAAUUCUUCUUUUAUAUGCAGCAUUAAUAAAUGAAUCAUUUCUU